GGACCUGUGAUCCGGGCGACAGCUCUCCUCCUUGGGGCCGCGACCUCGCCAGGCCGGAGAGACUGCCGCGCGCCGCGGGAGCGGAGCGAUGGGUCUGCUCUCAGAGCUCAAGCUGACAGUGCCCUGGGGCCACAUUGCUGCCAAAGCCUGGGGCUCCCUGCGGGGCCCCCCAGUUCUGUGCCUGCAUGGCUGGCUGGACAAUGCCAACUCCUUCGACAGACUCAUCCCUCUCCUCCCACAAGACUUCUAUUACGUUGCCAUGGAUUUCGGAGGUCAUGGGCUCUCGUCCCAUUACGGCCCAGGUGCCCCGUAUUACCACCAAAACUUUGUGAAUGAGGUCCGGCGAGUCGUGGCAGCCUUGAAAUGGAGCCGUUUCUCUCUCAUGGGCCACAGUUUCGGAGGCUUUGUAGGCAGCAUGUUUUCCUGCAUCUUCCCUGAGAUGGUGGAUAAACUUAUCUUGUUGGACGGGACGCCGUUUGCCAUGGACACUGAUGAGAUGGAGAACUUGCUGACCUACAAGCGGAGAGCCAUAGAGCACGUGCUGCAGGUGGAGGCCUCCCAGAAGCCCCCGCGUGUGGUCAGCCCGGAGGAGAUGCUGCAGGGGUUCCUGAAGAACAACAGCCAUGUGGGUGAGGAGUGCGGGAAACUCCUCCUGCAGAGAGGAACCACCCAAGGGGCCACAGGUGUGGUGCUGAACAGAGACCGGAGGAUCUCUUGGCCGCAGUACAGCUUUGACUUCGUCAGCAGGGAGGUGUUCACGAACUCCAUCCAGCAGCUGCAGGCCCGCGUCCUGCUUGUCAAAGCAGCACAAGGAUACAGUGAUGUGAGACGGGAGGAUGGUGCCAACACGGAGACCCUGAUGUUUAUGCUGGACACAAUGAGAUCCAUCCUAAAAGAGCGGUUCCAGUUUGUUCAAAUCCCCGGCAACCAUUAUGUCCACAUGAAUGCUCCCCACCUCGUGGCCAACGUCGUCAGCCCCUUUUUACAGAGCAAACGCAGGAUCCCGGCCCAGCUGUAGCCUGGGCCUGGGCUACGGACAUCUCACUCUCACGCCAGUCAGCCUCCACGUGGCUGGCAUGGUGGCAACAGGCCUUCCUGAAAACCAAGAUGAACAGGAGAGAAUCCUGUGAUGGAGGUGGGGGAAGGGGCAAGAUUCUGACAUUAACAUCUGAGACUUCAGGGGGACAGCAUUUAGACUUAGGGUGUCCAUUUUGUAGUUAAUGACCUGUAGUGAGCUGCUACAGGCAGAAGGAAGCUUGCCUGUCAUUUGGUGGCUUCUGAAGCCUUCUCCACUGCCAGCCUGGAUACACAAUAAAAUGUUC